AUGCCUGCAGCAACGGCUGAGGCUCCGGCCGUGUCAAUGUCUUUUGCCAACAACUUCUGGGGCAAAGAUGAUGCCGGCGUUGGCCCGCUUCUUGAGCGUAUGCAAGGCGCAAAGCAGACAUGUGACGAACUAAGGUCAUUCUACGCAUCUCGCGCGUCCAUCGAAGAAGAGUACGCUAGGAAACUACUCAGCUUGACGCGCAAGGCUCUAGGAUCACAAGAAACAGGGUCGCUGAAAACAUCCCUCGAUACGCUGCGUGGAGAGGUGGAACAGAUGGGAAAGCAACACCAAAGUAUUGCUGCCCAGAUGAAGAGCGAACUAGAAGAGCCACUGGCAGCUUUCGCAGGCGGCAUGAAAGAGCGCCGCAAAAUUGUACAGAACACAAUUGAGAAGCUGCUUAAGACGAAAAUCCAACAAACACAGCAAGUCAACAAGACACGAGAUCGAUUCGAACAGGACUGCCUCAAGAUCAAGGGGUACCUGGCCCAGGGCCAUAUGGUUAUGGGGCAGGAAGAGCGCCGCAACAAGGCCAAACUCGAAAAGACACAAAUAAGCGUUGCGAGCACCAAUACAGAAUACGAAAGUGCGGUCAAGAUCCUUGAAGAAACCACGGCGAGAUGGAAUCGCGAGUGGAAGGCCGCUGCCGACAAGUUCCAGGACUUGGAAGAAGAGCGCCUGGACUUCACCAAAAGUAGCCUGUGGACUUUCGCCAACAUCGCCUCGACCGUCUGUGUCAGUGACGAUGCGUCAUGCGAGAAGGUCCGGUUAUCAUUGGAAAAAAUGGACGUCGAGAAGGACAUUGUCAGCUUCAUCAAGGAAGCGGGCACAGGUCAGGAAAUCCCGGAUGCGCCCAGGUACAUCAACUUCUGUCGCGGCGACGUCAACGACAACGUCUCGGACUGUUCGGAUGAUGAGAACUACCAGAAGAUCCCUAUCGUGGAUUGCCCGUACAAGCUACGGCUCAGCCUCCACCUCCAGCCCCAGCCCCAGUUCAAGCUCAAGCUCAACCUCCAGCACGACCAUUGGAACAUCAACUUCAGCGACAGCCUGAACCAGUGCAGCGGGGCUACGACGCCACUCAGCAUGGUCCCGUGUCAGCAAUACCACAUGAUCCAUACCCGCAGGAUGUUGACCUCGAACCGACCAUCUAGCCGCGAUGAGAACAGCGAAUAUAGUAACCCAACUUCUCUAUCGAGCUAUGACCCAGCCAGCGGAGCACCUUCGCCCACCAAACAGGAGCCUGUGUCUGUGCCGGAACCCAGUCCCGAAAAACGCAUCUUCAAGAAGAAGAGUGGCUUCUUCCAAAACCAUAGUCCAUUCCGCCGCAAAAGCGUGAAAGAUGUGCACCCUCCUGCGCUUGUCAAUCGAAACACAUGGCACCCGGCACCCGCUCAGACCGCUACAAGCCCCGUGCGGCGACCACAGAUGUACGCCAGCGACGGUUCAACAGCGCAGUCCAGAAGCUAUGGUCAAGAAAGAGGCCCCAGCCCGGAGCCGAUCGAUGCAAAUGCCAGCGUGGCUCUCGGCGUAGGUCAGAACGUACUGCCUGUGGAAACUGGGCGAAAGCAGGCCUCCGCGUCGAAGCCUGCUGCCGACGAGGAUGAUCCCAUAGCCCAAGCACUAGCUGAGCUCAAGGGUGUUACUUUAGGGAAGCAAUCCUCAGUUCGCAUGUCAGCUGAUCACUACCACGGCAUCGCCACACCAGCGCCAGGGACUGAGGCAUCAUCUUCUCGCUCUAUUCAAAAUGCGGGUGGAAGGAACACCGCAACCCCGACUCGGACUGAUCCUCCGCCUUCAUAUCAGCAGCCAGCUCAGCAGACUCCUGUCUCCAGGUUGGGCGUUCCUGCGCCUGCUGUCACCUCCAAGGCGAUGAAGGAGGCCACCAAGAAGGCGACAAACCAGGCCCGCAGCGUCUAUGGCGACUCUGCCAGAGGUGACAGAGGCGGCUUCUCUGCAUCGCCUAGUUCCCGGCCAGCUACUCGGGGCAACGAUAAGCCUCGGGCGGCUUCGCCAGCCCCCACCCGCAGUGCUUCACCGCAGCCACAACGCCAUGACCCCGGACGCCGCGAGUAUCACACACCAUCCCCGAAGCCCUACUCGGGCCGCCAGUCGCAAGGCUCGACGUAUGGAGCGCCUCGCAGGAACACUUACCAGCAGCCCCAGCAGCAGCAGCAGCGCCCACAGAGCAGCUACAGCGGCAGUAAUAUGGCUGUCCAACUCGCACCGGCGGGUGAGCAGGCCUAUGGCUCCCAGCGGGGAAGAGGCUCGGGCCGGCCAGAGUCCCGCGCGAUGGGCUUGUACGAUGGCGACACGCGCCAGCGCAGCAAGAGCGUGGCAGACCCAGCACGCCAGUACACAUCUGAUGGCCGUCCUAUCCUCCACUAUGCUCGUGCGAUGUACAUGUACCAGGCCGCCAUUCCAGAGGAAUUGGGUUUCAACAAAGGCGACUACCUUGCUAUCUUGCGCCACCAAGACGACGCCAAGAGAGCUGUCAUCAAUCUCGCGCUGCUUGUCUCUGGCGCACUUACGCUACUGCCUUUCGCAAUCGUUUCUUCUGCUUUAUUCUUCCGGAAUUUCGUCCCCGACCUGGCUCUAACAAGGCCCGUCUACCUACAAUAUGGCUCGGGAAUCAACCCCUAUGGCAUCACCUCUCUAUCCUCGCCGGCGUUGAAGGCGGACCAAGAAUACGACGUUGCGUUAACGCUGUCGAUGCCGCGAUCGAGUCCGAACACCGAACGAGGGAACUUUAUGGUCUCGCUACACCUGCUCGACAAUGAUGUAUCGCCGUUGCUACACGAAGCGGCGAGGUCGUUUGCUGACGAACACGAAACUUUUGAACCGCUCAAGAUCCUUCACAGCUCGAGGCGACCGACACUUGUCCCAUAUGUCGACCCUAUUGUGUCAACGGGCUCGCGCGUGCUCUUCUUCAUGUGGCACCUGCUCGUGCCUAGCUCCUCUCUGCUCGAGAUUGUGGUGCCGUUAGCUGAAAGGGUGGCAUUCUCAAAGAGACUGGGCUUGCCAUUGUCGGCCUAUGUUGAGGUUGAAGCGGGUCAAACGCUGCAGACCUACAGCGUCUCCUUGACACUGACGGCCCAGCUGCGCGGGCUCAGAUGGCUCAUGCAUCAAUAUCGUCUGCCCAUGUACAUCAUGUUGACUGUCACCUUCUGGGCGGCUGAGAUCUUCUUUAUGACUAUUGCAUGGGGCUUCAUGUCUUCAGCUCUGGGAGUCCGGUCGAAGGACGAGGAUUACAAGCCCCUCGCCCACGGAGAGAAGGCAACUGCCCUCGAAAAGACCGAAGUUGACGGAAGGGACAGCCUUUCAGAUCAUGCACAUACCUUUCCCACGUAUGGACGCCAGCGUCCCCUCAAGUACGAGCCGGAGGUCAAAGCGGAAGACCCAUAUGAACAACCUUUGUCGGAAGUCCCGGCCGGGGGUGCAGAAGCGGAUGAUGAAGAUGACGAGGAUGAUGAUAGGAGGUCCUUUGUAGACUCUGGAGUUGGCACCAGCUUCAGUGAGGCAGGGAGCACAUCGAUGCGAAGGCGAGCUAGUCGGCAAGGUGAAGGCGCACAGCGAUGA